AUGUCCCUCCAGGAGAUACAGGAACAAGAAGAGCAGCGACUACGUGAGCAAGCCGAACGGUCACAGAUAGAAGAGCAGCGACAUCGAGAAGAAGAGCAGCAACGACGUGAAGAAGAGCAGCGACUACGUGAGCAAGCUGAGCGAUCACAGAUAGAAGAACAGCGACUCCGAGAGCAAGCUGAGGAACAACUGAAGCUCCAGACACAAGAAACAACGCUUCCCGAAUUUCUCGACGCCUGCCAUGUGCACUUAUUUCUCGGUCUCUCCAUCCAGAAAGACAAAGACUCGUCCACAAAGGCGACCCGGCAAACGCCGACCACUUCAAUAUGGGAGGACCUAAUGAAUACCGAGUUCGUGACCAAACGCCAUUUUACACCAUUAUUGGCAUUGAAGGAAUUUGGAAAAGAGGCCCGAGAGAGGAUGCAAGAACGCUAUACAGCCGAGGAGUCCCGACCCCGAGCCGACCAGAUUUGUGUUUAUAAUAAGGGCCCAGAAGGAAAGGUCCCGGUGUUUAUUAUUGAAUACAAGGCACCCCAUAAAGUUUCUCUCGCCCAUAUUAAGUCUGGACUUCAAGACAUGGAUCUUGAUGAAGUACUCCGCUUACAAAAAGAGGAAUCACCAGAAGACAUCUGCCGACGUGUUGUGGCGGCAGUGAUCACCCAAACAUUUUCUUACAUGAUUCAUGGAGGCCUGGAGUAUGGCUAUGCGUGUACUGGUGGUGAAGCGUUUAUAUUUCUUCGUGUGCUUUAUGAUAACCCUUCCACCGUAUAUUACUACUUGUCAGUGCCAGAAGAAGAUGUUGGACAAACAACAGGAUGGACAGGCGAUCCGAGCGGCGCUAACCGUCUGCAUUUAACUGCGCUCGUACGCAGACUCAAGACCUGGGAGAUGGUAUACGACGAUCUUUUGGAUGAAAUCGCAGAGAAGGACAUUCCUUCUUCCGACUUUAAACCAUCGACACAGAGUCGGAACGAAUACUGUCUUCUUCGCAAAAAAUCGAGGUUGUUUAGUCAUGAUGAUGACGCCGGGGAUGGCUUUGAUCCUAACACGCCUAGUCGACGACCCCAAAAACCCCGCCUUCCUCAACCGUCGGCUUCCUCGUCAUUAACGGCAGUGGAAAAAUCGCAAGGUUCACGCUCCAAAGGCAAGUCUCGGCAGUAUUGCACACAGCAGUGCCUCCUAGGCCUAAUUAAGGGAUGGGAAUUAGAUCAGAAAUGUCCCAACGUGUUAGACCAUGGAAUUAAUCGACACCGACUAAAUCAGACAACUCUUAUUCAUCGGCUGGACCGGCAGCUCUCAAGGGAUAAUUUGCAGCUUGAUUCGCAGCUGGGGUGCGAAUCGCUGCAUGUUCAUGGGACUUGCGGGGCUCUUUUUAAAAUCAUACUAUGGUCACACGGAUAUACCUUUGUAGGUAAAGGUGCGCCAGUCGAGUUUUUGGGGGGCUCGAAGCACGAAGAGCUCAUGUAUUCACAUCUCUCUCCAAUCCAAGGGGUAUCCGUGCCAGUGCUACUUGGUAGCCUACGACUUCGCCGCCCAUUCUAUUAUGAUGGUAUUGCUGAGAUGGUCCAUCUGAUGUUCAUGGGUUACGCUGGAAGGACGCUUGCAAGCAGACAUGAUCUCGAUCACGGUCGACUAAUUCAACAAGCCGAGAAAUCCUUGCAGGCGAUUCACGAUCUACGUGUGCUUCAGGGUGAUCCAAUACCCAGCAAUAUGGUUGAGGAAAAUGGACGGGUGAUGUUCAUUGAUUUUGAGCGAGCAACGUUGCAAACCCGACGAAUACCACUGGGUGGCAUUUCACCUAAUCAGAAACGCAAACGGGGGUUCUGCUCCUGGGAGAAGAGUCCAAACAAGCGCCUUGACUGUUUUGAGCGCGAGAAGCGACGUAUGAGGCAUGGAUUAUAA